GCAGAAUAAUGGCCAGCUACUUCUCGGGUCCUUCUGCACUUAAAGGAAUGUCGCAGACUACAUGACGUUCUCUUUACUCGCUGUCACAGAGGAGAUAGGGUGGGUUUCUUGAUCUCGCCAAAAACAUCUGUCCGAUUUAUCAAACAUCCUUGGUUUGAAAUUCCUUACAGUCACCCUAUCAUCAUGGAUAAUAACUUUUCUAUCAUGUUUGGUCAAUAUUGCAGAAUUUUAGGUCCCCCCAUCCAUCGAUAAUCUACAAUGGCCGAGGAAGGGUAAGCGUGACCGGUCUAUUCCCGCUUUGCGAUGAACCAGGGCUAGUUAACUAACCAGCUAAAUUGCACGUUUCAAAGUUGCAUUGUUUGUAAAGUGGUGAUGUGUUCCUAAAAAUAUUAUUUACAUGCCUCUACGUGCACUUCCAGAACUAUUGAUAACAGUAAAAUGGAACAUCCUUACCAGAGGGGUCCCCCCCAGUUAACGCUAGCUAGCUAAGCAUGUUGGUUGGUUGUAACCAAGUAACUACCUAUCGUGCUAUUUCUGUGAAUGUAGUAAGUUGACAGUAUAUUGGUUAAUUUCCGGCGCAUGUGUGAUGAUUUACUUUCUUUAGUCGGAUACCCCUUCACUCUAAAUUAUGAGUGAGAUCCCCUAUCUGACACGCCGGGAGGAUGCAAACGUUCAACCCACCUCACUUAUCAUAACGGGCUAGUUGUAGCUAACUAACUCUUCGUCUCCUCUUCUCCCAUCUCCUCUCCUUGUCCCUCCCCCCCCCCAGCAUCGCUGCCGGAGGUGUGAUGGAUGUCAACACCGCUCUCCCCGAGGUGCUCAAGACAGCCCUCAUCCACGACGGCCUGGCCCGCGGUAUCCGCGAGGCCGCCAAAGCGCUGGACAAGUGAGUGAACAUUUCUGGUCAUGUGUGACCUAAAUGGCUCCCUAUUUAGUGUACUACUUUUGACAGGGGCUGGGCCUAUAGGGCUCUGUACUACUUUUGACCAGGGGCUGGGCCCAUGGGGCUCUGGUCAAAAGAAGUGCACUCUUAUCUCCCUCACUAACUUUAAGCAUCAGUUGUCAGAGCAGCUUACCGAUCACUGCACCUGUACACAGCCCAUCUGAAAUUAGCCCACCCAACUACCUCAUCCCCAUAUUGUUAUUUAUUUUGCUCAUUUGCACCCCAGUAUCUCUAUUUGCACAUCUUCUGCACAUAUAUCACUCCUGUGUUAAUACUAAAUUGUAAUUAUUUUUGCACUUUGCCUAUUUAUUGCCUUACCUCCAUAACAUACUAUAAUAAUAAUAAUAUAUUAUGCCAUUUAGCAGACGCUUUUAUCCAAAGUGACUUACAGUCAUGUGUGCAUACAUUUUAACGUAUGGGUGGUCCCGGGGAUCGAACCCACUACCCUGGCGUUACAAGCGCCGUGCUCUACCAGCUGAGCUACAGAGGACCUCACUACAUUUGCACACACUGUAUAUAGAUUUUCUAUUGUGUUAUUGACUGUAUGUUUUGUUUACCCCAUAUGUAACUCUGUGUUGUUGUUGUUUUUAUCGCACUGCUUUGCUUUAUCUUGGCCAGGUCGCAGUUGUAAAUGAGAACUUGUUCUCAACUGGCUUACCUGGUUAAAUAAAGGUGGGGGGAAAAAGUAGUAUACUUUGGUGCUGGGGCUUUAAUUUCUUGUCUGUUUUCACCCACAGUUUUAUUAGCUAAGUCUUUGGAUGAAGGCAUCUUCUGUACAAGGGAGUUUUGUUAAGAGCCUGACGUGCUGUCUUAACCUUAACAUGCGUUGUUUGCAGUUCUGUUUUGGAAACAUAAAGACCUUUCAUCAGUGAGGGAGGGGGGGAGAGAAAUUGAAUUGAUACAUCCGUUUAUAGGGUUUGUGUUCCCACAUGGCUAUAUCUGUGUUUACAGAAGACCCAAGGGACCACCUGUGCUAAUUAGCUAUCUAUCGUGCUCUGAACAUGUAACGGCUGAAUCCUUUGAGAACUGCAAUCGUUACCCAAAAAUCUGUCUUGAGAUACUUCUGCCUCCCAGAUGGCACCCUAUUCCCUACAUAGUGCACUUCUUGUGACCACUAGAGCUGGGCUUGGCACUACAUAGGAAAUGGGAUGCCAUUUGGGACGCUUUCAGAGGCUUACUAGAUAACCUUUUGUUAGUUAUAUUCCUGAUGUGAUAGUAAAUGACUACUGAUUGUUGCUCUCCUCUCUCCUCUGUCCAGGCGCCAGGCUCACCUCUGCGUUCUUGCGGCCAACUGUGACGAGCCCAUGUACGUCAAGCUGGUGGAAGCCCUCUGCGCUGAGCAUCAGAUUAACCUCAUCAAGGUAUGGCGGGGUGGGGGGGUGGAGUGUGUGGAUGGGGGGGGGGGGUUGAAUGAGAAAGCAGGAACUGCUACAGUUUCCUGAUUUAUAGUCUGCUGUUUUGACCACUUAAGCAAAGUGCUGCAGUGUUAUGGUGCUAAACAAGGGAGUGUAGUAGGAGUGUUGUGUGUGUAUGGUGUUUAGUGAACCUAGUAAUUAUUGUAACUGAGUAUAGGUGUUUGUGUUGGGGAUGAUAUUGUGGCUCCCCCUACUGACCCCUGAGCAUACUGCCAUCGUUACCCUACUGACCCCUGAGCAUACUGCCAUCGUUACCCUACUGACCCCUGAGCAUACUGCCAUCGUUACCCUACUGAGCAUACUGCCAUCGUUACCCUACUGACCCCUGAGCAUACUGCCAUCGUUACCCUACUGAGCAUACUGCCAUCGUUACCCUACUGAGCAUACUGCCAUCGUUACCCUACUGAGCAUACUGCCAUCGUUACCCUACUGAGCAUACUGCCAUCGUUACCCUACUGAGCAUACUGCCAUCGUUACCCUACUGAGCAUACUGCCAUCGUUACCCUACUGAGCAUACUGCCAUCGUUACCCUACUGAGCAUACUGCCAUCGUUACCCUACUGACUGACCCCUGAGCAUACUGCCAUCGUUACCCUACUGAGCAUACUGCCAUUGUUACCCUACUGAGCAUACUGCCAUCGUUACCCUACUGAGCAUACUGCCAUCGUUACCCUACUGAGCAUACUGCCAUCGUUACCCCACUGAGCAUACUGCCAUAGUUACCCUACUGACCACUGAGCAUACUGCCAUCGUUACCCUACUGAGCAUACUGCCAUUGUUACCCUACUGACUGACCCCUGAGCAUACUGUACUGCCAUCGUUACCCUACUGAGCAUACUGCCCAUCGUUACCCCUACUGAGCAUACUGCCAUCGUUACCCCUACUGAGGCAUACUGCCAUCGUUACCCUACUGAGCAUACUGCCAUCGUUACCCUACUGAGCAUACUGCCAUCGUUACCCUACUGAGCAUACUGCCAUCGUUAACCCUACUGAGCAUACUGCCAUCGUUACCCUACUGAGCAUACUGCCAUAGUUACCCUACUGAGCAUACUGCCAUAGUUACCCUACUGAGCAUACUGCCAUAGUUACCCUACUGAGCAUACUGCCAUAGCUUACCCUACUGACCCACUGAGCAUACUGCCAUCGUUUACCCUACUGAGCAUACUGCCCAUCGUUACCCUACUGACUGACCCCUGAGCAUACUGCCAUCGUUUACCCUACUGAGCAUACUGCCAUCGUUACCCUACUGAGCAUACUGCCAUCGUUACCCUACUGAGCAUACUGCCAUCGUUACCCUACUGAGCAUACUGCCAUCGUUACCCUACUGAGCAUACUGCCAUCGUUACCCUACUGAGCAUACUGCCAUCGUUACCCUACUGAGCAUACUGCCAUAGUUACCCUACUGACCACUUAGCAUACUGCCAUCGUUACCCUACUGAGCAUACUGCCAUCGUUACCCUACUGACUGACCCCUGAGCAUACUGCCAUCGUUACCCUACUGAGCAUACUGCCAUCGUUACCCUACUGAGCAUACUGCCAUCGUUACCCUACUGAGCAUACUGCCAUCGUUACCCUACUGAGCAUACUGCCAUCGUUACCCUACUGAGCAUACUGCCAUCGUUACCCUACUGAGCAUACUGCCAUCGUUACCCUACUGAGCAUACUGCCAUCGUUACCCUACUGAGCAUACUGCCAUCGUUACCCUACUGACCACUGAGCAUAACUACCAUCGUUACCCUACUGACCCCUGAGCAUACUGCCAUAGUUACCUACUGAGCAUACUGCCAUAGUUACCUACUGAGCAUACUGCCAUAGUUACCCUACUGAGCAUACUGCCAUAGUUACCCUACUGAGCAUACUGCCAUCGUUACCCUACUGAGCAUACUGCCAUAGUUACCCUACUGACCACUGAGCAUACUGCCAUCGUUACCCUACUGACCCCUGAGCAUACUGCCAUAGUUACCCUACUGAGCAUACUGCCAUAGUUAUCCUACUGAGCAUACUGCCAUCGUUACCCUACUGACCACUGAGCAUACUGCCAUCGUUACCCUACUGAGCAUACUGCCAUCGUUACCCUACUGAGCAUACUGCCAUCGUUACCCUACUGAGCAUACUGCCAUCGUUACCCUACUGAGCAUACUGCCAUAGUUACCCUACUGACCACUGAGCAUACUGCCAUCGUUACCCUACUGAGCAUACUGCCAUCAUUACCCUACUGACUGACCCCUGAGCAUACUGCCAUCGUUACCCUACUGAGCAUACUGCCAUCGUUACCCUACUGAGCAUACUGCCAUCGUUACCCUACUGAGCAUACUGCCAUCGUUACCCUACUGAGCAUACUGCCAUCGUUACCCUACUGAGCAUACUGCCAUCGUUACCCUACUGAGCAUACUGCCAUCGUUACCCUACUGAGCAUACUGCCAUCGUUACCCUACUGAGCAUACUGCCAUCGUUACCCUACUGAGCAUACUGCCAUCGUUACCCUACUGACCACUGAGCAUACUGCCAUCGUUACCCUACUGACCCCUGAGCAUACUGCCAUAGUUACCCUACUGAGCAUACUGCCAUAGUUACCCUACUGAGCAUACUGCCAUAGUUACCCUACUGAGCAUACUGCCAUAGUUACCCUACUGAGCAUACUGCCAUCGUUACCCUACUGAGCAUACUGCCAUAGUUACCCUACUGACCACUGAGCAUACUGCCAUCGUUACCCUACUGACCACUGAGCAUACUGCCAUAGUUACCCUACUGAGCAUACUGCCAUAGUUAUCCUACUGAGCAUACUGCCAUCGUUACCCUACUGAGCAUACUGCCAUAGUUACCCUACUGACCACUGAGCAUACUGCCAUCGUUACCCUACUGAGCAUACUGCCAUCGUUACCCUACUGACUGACCCUUGAGCAUACUGCCAUCGUUACCCUACUGAGCAUACUGCCAUCGUUACCCUACUGAGCAUACUGCCAUCGUUACCCUACUGAGCAUACUGCCAUCGUUACCCUACUGAGCAUACUGCCAUAGUUACCCUACUGAGCAUACUGCCAUAGUUACCCUACUGAGCAUACUGCCAUCGUUACCCUACUGAGCAUACUGCCAUCGUUACCCUACUGAGCAUACUGCCAUCGUUACCCUACUGAGCAUACUGCCAUCGUUACCCUACUGAGCAUACUGCCAUCGUUACCCUACUGACCACUGAGCAUACUACCAUCGUUACCCUACUGACCCCUGAGCAUACUGCCAUAGUUACCCUACUGAGCAUACUGCCAUAGUUACCCUACUGAGCAUACUGCCAUCGUUACCCUACUGAGCAUACUGCCAUAGUUACCCUACUGACCACUGAGCAUACUGCCAUCGUUACCCUACUGAGCAUACUGCCAUCGUUACCCUACUGACCACUGAGCAUACUACCAUCGUUACCCUACUGACCCCUGAGCAUACUGCCAUAGUUACCCUACUGAGCAUACUGCCAUAGUUAUCCUACUGAGCAUACUGCCAUCGUUACCCUACUGACCACUGAGCAUACUGCCAUCGUUACCCUACUGAGCAUACUGCCAAACGUUUUACUAGUGUUUUUAACGAUGCAACGGCCAACGACGUAGCAUGUAUUUCCCAAAACACCACAGCGAGAGAACGGUCACUAAGUAUGGCAUCUGAGCUGCUCUCGGAUCAGUUUGGUCCAUUCAAGUAUUUCCUUUAACAUUUUAAUUAUUUCUAUUGAUGGAUCAGCUCCUGCAAAUGUUGAGACGGCUGAUUCUAACGCUUAGCCAAUAAUGCUCUAAAUCACAGAUUUGACAUGUCAUUAUUCACCUCAUGAAACAAAUUGCACAGUAGCCUACAAGUAGCAAAAUAGAACUCAAUUGAUUUUUAACAUCAAAUGUAUUUCAAUAUGAUUGUAAUUGGCCUAUAGCCUACUGUUUAAUAUUUUUAAUGCAGUCUUCUUGGUUUUCAUUUGAAGCAUCUUGUUUGUGUCAAUUACAAAGACAUUUGGCAACUUUAUUUGUAGUAAACUUUGUUCUGGGGGCAGGCGUUUCUUAAAUUACGAGUGUUUUCAAGUGCAACGUUAAAAUAGCGAAGGUUUUGUGUAACAGCUCUGAGAUUUCAUGAUUCUCCUACGAAGGUUGUAACGGUGAACUUAGCGUUACAAUUAUUCUGGGAAACCGGGCCCUAGGUAAAAGUAGUGCACUAUAUAGGGAAUAGGGUGCCAUUCUCUGGUCAAAAGUAGUGCACUACAUAGGGAAUAGGGUGCCAUUCUCUGGUCAAAAGUAGUGCACUACAUAGGGAAUAGGGUGCCAUUCUCUGGUCAAAAGUAGUGCACUACAUAGGGAAUAGGGUGCCAUUCUCUGGUCAAAAGUAGUGCACUACAUAGGGAAUAGGGUGCCAUUCUCUGGUCAAAAGUAGUGCACUACAUAGGGAAUAGGGUGCCAUUCUCUGGUCAAAAGUAGUGCACUACAUAGGGAAUAGGGUGCCAUUCUCUGGUCUAAAGUAGUGCACUAUAUAGGGUGCUAUUCUCUGGUCAAAAGUAGUGCACUACAUAGGGAAUAGGGUGCCAUUCUCUGGUCAAAAGUAGUGCACUACAUAGGGAAUAGGGUGCCAUUCUCUGGUCAAAAGUAGUGCACUACAUAGGGAAUAGGGUGCCAUUCUCUGGUCUAAAGUAGUGCACUAUAUAGGGUGCCAUUCUCUGGUCUAAAGUAGUGUACUAUAUAGGGUGUCAUUUGGGGGACACCCCAUAAAACAGUGGGUACUGCAGUCGUGCUAUUACUGCCUUGUGGAGAUACUAGGUGGUAGCACAGCUUUUUCAAAUCUCGUGUAUUGAACCCCUUCUCCUCCUCCCUUGUCUCUGACCACCAGGUUGAUGACAACAAGAAGCUGGGCGAGUGGGUCGGUCUGUGUAAGAUCGACCGGGAAGGGAAACCCCGGAAGGUGGUGGGCUGCAGCUGUGUCGUGAUCAAGGUAUAAACCCAGUGCCCUGUUCUGGAAACUUCUCAGCUUGCAGGGGAUGAUCUGAAUCCACUGAAGUCAUGGAGGGUAUUAAUGGAAGGGGCUUGGACUGCUCCUUGUGAUGUCAUAAACUGGGUUGUGAGGAGUUGGCAUGCUCCUUGUGAUCCCUAUGUGAUGUCAUAGACAGGAUAGAAUGUGUUAGAAUUCUCCUUUUGUGAUUUUACAUUUUAGUUACUUUUUUUUUUAGCGACUUACGGUUAGUGAGUGCAUACAUUUUUCAUACUGCCCCCCCCCCCCCCCCCCCCCUGUUUCUUCACCCGCAAUUGCUCAUAACCCAUCCACAACUGCCCAACUGUGAUAGUGAAAAUCUGAGGCCUAAUCCGCUAAUAUAUAUUUUCCAAAAUUACUUUUCCUAAUUUUCAACUCUCCUUUCCAGCUUUUGUCUUAAUGAAUGACACUUCAACAAUGUCCUUUUUGCCUUCCGUGGAUUGAUAACUUUUUCUUCCCGAUCCCAAAAGCAGUAUUUGGCUGUGUAGGCGAUUUGACGCACGUACAGUUAAUCCCUAAAGUUUAGUCUUAUGCACUAAUAACAGAUAGCCAAAAAAAAUGAAUGAAAAAUCUCAAUAUAGAUAUAAAUUGCACAAGAAUGAUAGUUAAGGAUUUAAGUUAUUUAUCUUUAUUCGAGCCGCCCGCCCUUCAGCCACACAAUAUUUAAUGACCCUGUCUGGGCGGCGGGUUAUGAGUCGACCCCAUCGCUGUUUGUGCCGGUCGAGUGCAGCUGCUGUGCUGUCGGUGCCAUGCAGCUGCUUGUCCUAUACAACUGGCCAGAGUGUCUGCCAGGGUACGAGCCCCUACGCCUCGCUGUGGUGCCUGGGGUCCCAAUGAAUGGCUACAUGUCCCUUUUUUUAAACAUACUGACCACCGUAUGUCCAUCUACCUUUUAUCAUACCGACUAGGGCUGAAGGGCGGGAACGCGGUUACUGAAAUUGACUGGGAUUUACGGCCCGAAACCACUCCCUUUUCCCAGCAUAAAUAACUAAUGACAGUAGCGAGGCUAUAUACAGGGGGUACCAGUACAGAAUCACAUGUUCUCUUCUGCUGUCUCAUGGUUUGAACGAUGUGCGUGAUUCCAGUCCAUAGAAUACAGUCCACACUCAAAAGUUUAGCAUACUGGAGCUAGUUUCAUUUAUUUACCCAAGAGAGCAUACAGCUAGCUACAUCUAUGGGGUUUAUAUAGCUAGCUACACCUAUGGGCUUUAUACAGCUAGCUACAUCUAUGGGCUUUAUACAGCUAGCUACAUCUAUGGGGUUUAUAUAGCUAGCUACACCUAUGGGCUUUAUACAGCUAGCUACAUCUAUGGGGUUUAUAUAGCUAGCUACACCUAUGGGCUUUAUACAGCUAGCUACAUCUAUGGGCUUUAUACAGCUAGCUACAUCUAUGGGCUUUAUACAGCCAGCUACAUCUAUGGGCUUUAUACAGCCAGCUACAUCUAUGGGCUUUAUACAGCCAGCUACAUCUAUGGGCUUUAUACAGCCAGCUACAUCUAUGGGCUUUAUACAGCUAGCUACAUCUAUGGGCUUUCUACAGCUAGCUACAUCUAUGGGCUUUAUACAGCUAGCUACAUCUGGGCUUUAUAUAGCUAGCUACAUCUAUGGGCUUUAUACAGCUAGCUACAUCUGGGCUUUAUAUAGCUAGCUACAUCUAUGGGCUUUAUAUAGCUAGCUACAUCUAUGGGCUUUAUACAGCUAGCUACAUCUAUGGGCUUUAUACAGCUAGCUACAUCUAUGGGCUUUAUACAGCUAGCUACAUCUAUGGGCUUUCUACAGCUAGCUACAUCUAUGGGCUUUAUACAGCUAGCUACAUCUGGGCUUUAUAUAGCUAGCUACAUCUAUGGGCUUUAUACAGCUAGCUACAUCUGGGCUUUAUAUAGCUAGCUACAUCUAUGGGCUUUAUAUAGCUAGCUACAUCUAUGGGCUUUAUACAGCUAGCUACAUCUAUGGGCUUUAUACAGCUAGCUACAUCUAUGGGCUUUAUACAGCUAGCUACAUCUAUGGGCUUUUAUACAGCCAGCUACAUCUAUGGGCUUUAUACAGCUAGCUACAUCUAUGGGCUUUAUACAGCUAGCUACAUCCUAAGGUUUUUCUGUUGUGCGUAAUGUGCAGUAGCCAGCCUAUAUCAUAUGUAUUGGAUAACGGCACAAUCGUUUGUUUUUUGGGGGGGGGUUUGGGCUCAUAAAAUGUUAAUGUAGGGCUCAUAACAUGUAUUUAAUAUCUGGCUCAGGUAGCAUCAGGUGUGAAUUUUCAUGCUGCUCAAAUCCAGACAUUUUAUAUGUUUUAUAAUGACACUUCCGGUUUUGAUUGAAUUAGUUACCUGGGAGAGAAGUGAUUGGGAUGGAACAUUAGUACUCUGUUCAAAAUAGAACCCUAUUCCCUGUGUAGCGCACUGCUUUAGAGUAUUAAGUUCAAUAUGUAGGGUGCUAUUUCGGACACUUUACCCUUCAAUGUUAUCGGUUGGUUCUAAACAAUGAACUAUCCUGUAGCUAGCAUCCUGUGGAAAUGUCCCCCCCCCCCCCAAAUCCUGUGUAACAGUCUCCCUUUUCCACCCCCUCUACAGGACUAUGGCAAGGAGUCUCAAGCUAAGGACGUCAUUGAGGAAUACUUCAAGGCCAAGAAAUGAGGUGUCAUUUUCAAUAAAAGCUGAAAUGAA